UUGGACUUGACUUGACAUAGCUUGUGACUUGACUUGACUUGACUUGCCCAAGAAAAAAAUUAUUGGGACUUACUUGAGACUUGAAGGUUAAGACUUGAGACUUACUUUAGACUUGCACAUGUGUGUAUUGGUCCCAUCUCUGAUAACAGGUAUUGAUGUGAGAUACUGAUCCAAAAGCACACCUUUUGUUAAAAUAAGUUUAAUUUCUUCCUUUAAUAUUCCUUUAAUAAAGCGAGUUUGUCAUUAUUGUUGCGGUUUUCAUUUAAAAUAAAUAAAACAUUGAACCACAAACUAAGCAUUUUUUUUAAAGAGGGAAAAUACCUUUUUAUUUUGGAUACAAUAUAAAUUUUAUCCGUUUUUGUUAAUAAAAGUAAAAAGCCUUUAAAUGUCAAAUGAGAAUUUGUACCAUUGUACUAUUUUAUUGCUUGUUUUAAUUAAUGGGCUAACAAUGAACCACUAACUACUACAGUUUUAAAGAAAGGGGAAAUCCAAAGUCUUUUAAAAAAUAUUUUUUUACAACGCAGAUAAACAUAUUUUCCUUAUUCAUUUUGUUAAUAAAAGUUCAAAGUGUAAUAUAAGAGAAUUUGUCAUCCCACUGUUUUAGCCUGUUUUGUUAUUAAUAAUAAUAGGCUAAUAAUGAGCCACAAACUACACCGAAAAAACUAUUCGUUGUCUGAACAACCAUUACUUAUAAAAGUAAAUAUAUUAAACACAAAAAACGUAGUAUUUAUAACUUUUCAAUGUCUACCUAACAUGCAUAGUUCAUGUAACGCAAAACCAUAAGUUAAAAAGUGAACUUAAGUGUAUGCAUAAAUAAAAUGAAAGAAAAUAAGUAAUGACAACCACUUGUACAAUUAUGUUAAAAUUAGGUAAAUCUAGCACAAAAUUUUAAGUAUUUGACUGUGAGCCACGUGAUAUGCGGUUUCCAGCCAAGGAGCCAUUUUGUGAAGCACAAGUGAAGACAGUGAGAAGUGGUAAGCUUGAAAACUAAGUAUGAUAUUAGAUUUUGGCGAUUUACCAUCAAUGAACCCCUGUUUUGUGUGUGUGUGUUAAUGGGUGAAGAAACGCAUUCUGAAACGCAACGUGAUGUAGAUGCUGAAAAGAGGUAAGCGUAUAACAUUACUCGUUUAUUGUGUUUGUGAUCUAAAAAGGAACUUUUAAACUGAAUAUCUGAAUUGCUUAAAAUAAUGCUUCAGUAAUUAGAAAUGUGUUAUGAAUACUUAUGAAAACAUUGAGUUUGUACGUGUAAACCCAUUCCAGGAUAAUAAUAAAAGUUCGGUCACAAUGUUCUCUAUAAGUGGCAGUCCGGGCCUGGGCGCAGGUUAAUUUUGAGGUUUGGUUUAUAUUACAUUCUAAAAUAUAUGCUACAUGUCAAUAUGAUAAUUAAGUAAUGGUGAUCUCUAUUCAGACACACAAAAUUUUAUUUCUCAAUGACAAUGAUUCUUCUGUCUAGUAAGCCUUUGAAAUUAUGAUCACAACUGUAAAUUUAAACCUGCAUUCCCUCUGCCGCUGAUCCGAAGAGAGCACUGUUAACGGAUAAGGUUGAUACAAAAUGUGCAUAGCUGUGGCUCUUCAGGACCAGGAUUGAAAAUAACUUUGUUUAUUUAAAGAAAGUCAUUAAUCAGGCACAGUGUUAGGAUGAGUAAAUGAUGAAAACAUUUUGAGUAGAUCAACCCAAAAAAAACUCGUCACUGUAGAAAUUUUAGAUCAUUGUUGUGGUGUAUAGACUUUCCAUCAACAGUUUCACUGUCAUUAUAGAGGAGUUGGUCAAAUAAUGUCUUCAUUCACAAACUCUAUGGAGUCACUGUAUAGUUGUGAUUUUGUGUGUAUGCACCAUAACAAGCUGCAUUUGUUUUACUUUUCAGUGUGGACAUGUGGACAGGGCUGGUGAUUGCUAUACGCCGAUUUCACGCAUCCGCCAUUUUGAAAUCAAAAGCGAGGCUCCAGUGGGAAGAAACCCGGAAGUAUUGCCUCCAAUCACAGUGAUCCAAAAGUCUGCCGUGAAUGGAUUGUGAAAAUAAGAAGAGAUGUUGGACCUUACUUUCAGGUUACAGACAACACAAGAGUAUGCUCCAAACAUUUUACCCCGGACUGCAUUGCACGAUCGCUCACUGGUUUACAUAAACUGAAACAUGGAAGCGUGCCAACUUUAUUUACGUGGAGCUGUGAGCUGAAGCCCAGGAGGACACUUGAGCGACAUCAGAGUGUUAAUGAUAUUGAAACAUUUGAGGAGGACGAAGAGGAGAACCAUUCAUUUUCUGAUUAGAACACAGGAGAACAAAGAGCAGCUGAAUGCAGCACAGAAGGAGAUUGCUCGUCUGACAAAAGAAAAUGAAAAUUUGAGAAGUCAACAGUUUUGUCUACAAAGAUUCCAAUGUGAGCCCAAGCUGUUUUACACUGGAUUUAAAGACUAUGAAACCCUCAAAACACUCUACCAGUCCCUACAACCUAAAGCACAGUCUCUGGUGAGAUGGACUCAAAUGCAAAGACUUAAUAAAACAGAGAAGACUGUAACUGCUGGCUUUCAGGCCCAAGACAUGGGUCUCUUUGACCAGUUUUUCUUGUUUCUCUGCCGUAUGAGGCAGGGGCUUCUUUCCGCAGAUUUAGCAGUAAGGUUUAAUAUCUCAAAGGCCACAGUCAGCAGGAUAUGUAUAACUUGGGCUAACUACCUGCAUUUCAUGCUUGGUACACUACCGUUAUGGCCAAUUAGAGAGGCUGUAGAUGAGCUAAUGCCACCAUGCUUCAAGAAGACCUUUCCAAAAACACGUGUUGUGCUAGAUUGUACUGAGAUCCAUAUUCAAUCAGCAAGUUCAAAAGUUCUGAACACCAUGACGUACUCUCAUUACAAGGGAACCACAACUUUGAAAUCCCUGAUCGGCAUCACACCCUUUGGGACAGUUAGCUUUGUAAGCAACCUGUACACAGGCUCCAUCUCUGACAAGGAAAUCACCAAAGAGUCUGGCAUACUCAAACUGCUUGAGCCAGGCGAUGAAGUAAUGGUAAUCAAAGACCUCCUUACUGACAUCAAGGUCAGUCUUGUAACCCCAGCCUUCACAAGACCAAGCGGACAAUUCAGUAAACAUGAAAUUACACAUACUCAAGAGAUUGCCCGCUUGAGGAUACAUGUGGAGAGGGACAUCAGACGCAUCAAGGAACAUCAUAUUUUUGAUGGUGUCCUACCCCUUUCACUCUGUGGUUCAGUCAACCAGAUGUGGACUGUUUGUGCUCUAUUGACAAAUUUCCAAGGACCUCUAUUUUAAAUAUUUCAUUCAGAAAUGAAAAUGUGCUGGAAAGAACUCAGUUUUUUUUUUUUUUUUUCAUUAGAACAGAUUUAGAUACCUUUAUCAUUACACCAUUUGCUCAGUAUCUUGGGUGGCCUGAGUACAUGCAUUUUAAACUAUUUUAUUUGUUAUAGUUAGACUAUUAAUUUACUCUGGAAACCUACAUUUUAGCUUACAGUUAAAAAAAAACAAUGUACAUAAAUGAGUAGUCAUUUAAAUGUUGCAACUUUGGUUUACUGUUUUAAUUUGUACAGUAGAAGACAUACAGUGGAUUGAAUUACUGAAAUAAAAAUAUAUAUUUUGUA